AUGGGCUGCAGUUCUUCCAAGAAGCUCGAUGGGACCCUCAAGAAUGGGAGCAUGGGGCACAAUGGGAAGCUGCCUACGGGCCGUUCGCGACGGGGCGGUCGCGACCGCGAUGACGACACCCUGAGGGAGAGCGAGCGAGUCUCGCUUGCCGGCCUCCGCUGGGAUUCACAACGCCUCGGGGAGGAUCGUCGUCGUUGGCCGCGUUGCCACUUCUGCCAUCAACAAAUCCUCGAUAAAGACUACAACGCGCACACGGUGAUGUGCGAUGAGCGGGAGGUGACGUGUUGGAAUUCGUGGUGCCAGAAGAUCGUCAAGCAGCGGGAUCUCGUCGCCCACCUCGAGGAGUGUGGGCGGUGGCAAAAGGCGAUCUGCCCGAAGUGCGGCCUCGAUGUGUUGGUGACGGAGAUGCAGAAUCAUCGGGAUGGGUGCAACCCCAAGCCCUGCCCGGGGUGUGGGGAGGUCUGCAUCAUUCGGAUUCAUAAGUGGUGCCCGAAGAUGUAUGCGGAUAGCCUGGAGUUGAAAAACGGCCCCUUCGCGACGGCCUCGCUCUGUGAGCGGUAUGCCGCCGGGAAGAAGAGCAAACUUGGCUCCGCGGAGCACCAGGAGUUGAACAUCGCCCGCAUUCAGCUCCUUUGGCGAUGGAUCAAGUGCAAGUACCUCGUCGAGGAGACGAUCUUUCGAUCCGUUUACAAGGAGAUGGACUUCAAAAAGGAAGGCUUUGCUAUUUUUAAGGCGCACGAUAAGGUGAACGACUCCCACGUCCUCGCGCCGAGGCGAUCGCGCUCCGUCAUCCAGGCUCCUGUCGUCGCCCCCGCGUCCUUUGCGCAUUACUUCCCGGUGAACUCGAACACCCCGAUCACGCUCGAUCACGUGCGGCGGAUCAUGCAGGAUAUGCAGCGCCACAUCCUCCUCCCCUACCCCGCCGCGUGGCGGAUCUUCACGAACGCGAUGAAUCACCUCAACACGCUGCCGAAUGUCGUGCGGAUGUCGCCCUCCGUCGGCGCGCGUGAUGUGAAUGGGCGGUUUAGCCAAGGCUGCAAGGUCGUCGUCGUGGGCGACAUCCACGGUCAGCUCACCGACCUCCUCCACAUCCUCCAAGAGAGUGGGAUGCCCGGGGAGAACAAUUAUUACGUGUUUAACGGCGACUUCGUGGAUCGCGGGGCGUACGGCGUCGAGGUGUUGAUCAUCCUCUUCUCGCUGAUGUUGGCGUGCCCGCGCUACGUCACCCUGAACCGCGGCAACCACGAGUGCGAUUACAUGAACGACGAGUACGGCUUCGACGUCGAGGUGAGCACGAAGUACGAUCGCAACAUCUUCCGUCUCAUCCAGCGCUGCUUCUGCGCGCUUCCGCUCGCGACGAUUGUGGGGAAUAAAAUCUUCAUCGUCCACGGCGGGCUGCCGCGGCGGAUGGGGGUGACGAUCGACGACCUUUCCCGCAUCCAGCGCUUCCGCCAGGUCCCGAUGCCGAACCACUCGCAGCCGGAGGAGGAUGAGAUCUUCCAGGACCUCCUCUGGUCCGACCCGGUGGAGGAUAUUAAGGAUUGGCGGGAAAGCCAACGCGGCGCGGGCGUCGAGUUCGGCGUCAACGUCACUCAAAACUUCCUCGAAACGAACCGCCUCGAGCUGGUCGUGCGCUCGCACGAGGAAUGCCUGAGCGGGUAUUGCGAGCUCCACGAUCGGAAGCUCUUCACCGUCUUCUCCGCGAGCAACUACGACGGGCCGGAUACGAACUACGGCGCGAUCUGCACCUUUAUCGGGGACUCCAUCGAUCCGAAUUUCCACGUCUACCAGGUCUACGAGGAGGAUUUGGAGGCGCAAUCGGUGAAUAUCACGGAUAGCUUCACGAUCAACACCCCACUCGCCGCGCGCCUCGUGUCGUUCGCGGUGAACAAUUGCAGCGUCUUCCGCCAGGUGCUUCGGCGGGGAACGAAGUACGACAUCCUGCGGGAGCUACGCGAGCGGAUCUACCAGCGCCGCCACCGCCUCAUGGCGUACUUCUCGAAGCUCGAUCGCACGAACAAAGGCUCCGUGUGGAUCAUCGAAUGGGCGGAGACGAUGCGGAAUGUGCUGAAUUUGGACCUCCCGUGGUACUUUCUUCGGGGUUAUUUGGUAAUCCUCGACAAGGACGCCCGCGUGCGGUACUCGCCUUUCCUGAAGAACUUCCGCAACCUCCUACAGUUCCUCUGGGUGAACAGCUGGGCGCAGGCGACGUGCGCGCAACUCCAGCAGCAGCAGCGAAGCAACCACCGCAGCCGCCUCGUUACGAUGGCUUUCAACAAGGACGUCGUGAACUACAACGAGUACUGCUCCGUCCUCCGCGCGAUCGACUACACAAUCAGCGAAUGCCAGCUUUUCCAGCUUUUUCAGUUUUUUGAUACUGAAGGGGUGGGGCAUCUGCGCGGGUCGACCUUCCUGAAGCAAAUGCAGCUCAACGCGAACCGCAAGCUCGAUCCGAUGCGGUGGGAUGUCGAUGCGAUGGAGCAGCUGCAGAACACCGUGAUUCAGGGGCGAAACCAGCUCUGCUCGCUUUUCAAGGUCACCUCGCGAGAUAAGGUGCUGAGCAAGGAGAAGUUCAUGGAGGGGAUGGCGCAGCUCGGCCGCGGGAUGCGCAAGCAGCUCACCCAACCGCAGAAGGAGGCCAUUUACGACUUUAUGCGGAAUCUGGUGCCGGAGGGCGAGGAGAUCACCUUCGGCGCGUUUCUCACAAUCAUGUGCGUGUUCGAUAUCGUGUUGCAACCUUCGUCGAGCUCGAGCCCGAACAUCCCUGAUAUGGAGGCCUUACAGGGGCUCUUUUCACACGAAAACGUCUACGUCUCAUCGCACCCGAUGAGCCCUCGGACGUCAAAGCAUCCGUCAUGA